AUGGCAUUGGGCCGUGUUUGGAGAGUUUGCAGUGUGUGGCUGUUUUUGACCGUGACCCUGACCCUGGGCUGUGAGAGGCUGCGGUUACUACAAUUUCUCAACACAGACACUCUGGGCAAACUGGAUGAAAUGGGUGGCCGCCUCCCCCAACAGUGUGCGACUGAGAGGCUGUCGUUGAAAACCAAGCCCCUGGACCUGGUGAAACUUUCGGAGCAGGUUCAUGCGCAGGAAAGGAUCUGGAUUGUCCAUCAGACCCUGCAUCACCUCCGCAGGAUCUACAGUUUGAACCUGAGCUCAGUCACGUGGGUCCAGAGCUCAGUGGAACACUUCAGGCUUCUCUUGGAUCGGCAGCUCAAAGAGCUGGAUGUCUGUGUCCGGAAACCAGGCUCAGAGUCCAAACCAAGGAAGAAUGCCGCAAUUCUUAAGUACUUUCGGAAAUUGAGAAAGUUUCUGAAAAAGAAGGGAUUCAGUGAAUGUGCCUGGGAGAUAACCCGCGCUGAGACCAGGCCUCAUUUGCAACAACUCUUUCUCAUUAUGACAAAAAUUAACAAAAAUAUGUGAAGAUUCUGCAGAGACAACCACAUAGGCGACUGAGAUUAAUGGCUAUUAACUUAAAGUGCGCUUUAUUUAUGGAAAAAGAAAAAAAAGACGAAUGCCGGAAAUUUGAGCGUAAACAGAAGUUGACGGAAAUAUUACGCGUGGAGAAGAAAACUGGGUUAAUAAUUUCGGUCAGCAAAAAAGUUACAUCAUGAAUCCCCAUCAACAGCAGAACAUUUUCAGUUUUUUCUGACUUUACAAUAUAUUGUGUUGUUACAUUGCUGCGAUUUUCACUUGGCAAGUAAGGGAGAACAGAAGAUGCCUAGAUCUUUAUUCAUAUACCAGUGUUGACUUAAUUUAUUGAUAUUGAUCUUUGUAUGACUAUCCUGGAUUGAGAUGUCAAUUUGGUGAAUGAUCCUGAAUCCGUUCCCGUUUUAAAGACAGGCAGAUCCUUCAGUGUAAAAUGUAAUUACUGGAGAAGAUGGGUGGUGCUUAGCUCCUCACUCUCACCGUCUCUUAUCGUUGGCAUUAUGUUAGCUACAACACUAAAGUGAGAUGGAUAAUCAUUCAUUUUCCACAAUGUCAUGUCGAAGACAUGAUGCGAUUUUUGCCCAGCUUCCUUUAGUGUUAGCAAUUUCAGUUAGCGAGUUGUAGGGCGCUCCUCCUAUCCGAGGCUAAACUGUUUAUUGCCAUUCGAUUUUCUGCAAAUUCUCCCUGCAUUUGUUGCUCUUGCAAUAGGUGUACGAUCAUUAAUUUCUAAGCCUGCAUGACGCUCUGGUGGGUGAUGGACUUCUAGGACCAUUGAUCUUGAAUUUAUCCCGAACGGACAGUAAUCAACAUGUAC